UACAACAAUACAGACCCAUCACACAAAAACAGAACAAAGGCCUCCUCCUGCCUCCACCUUCAGCAACAUCAGAGUCAGAAUCAGCAGCGGCUGCCUGCGGCGCCUCCACCUUCCGACCGCCGACGCCGGCCGUCCUCCGCCUCCACCUUCUGAUCACCUCUGCUUUGAACUAGUAAGAUAACUUAAUGUCUUAUCAGCAGCAUCUGACUCUACAACACCACCCACUUGUUCAUCCUCUCCUCUUUCACACGUCAAACAUGGCUUACACUUACUCUCCGACCACCACCUUCUUCCCAAAACACCACCUCCGUUCCACCACCAUCAACUGCACCUCCUCCUCACCACCACCCACCACCGUCACCACCACCAACAACCGCCAACCAGUCCCUCUCCUCCCAUUCUCCGCCAAAUACGUCCCCUUUAACUCCAUCACCGACGAAUCCUACUCACUUGACGAAAUCAUCUACCGGAGUAGCUCCGGCGGCCUGUUGGAUGUUCAACAUGACAUGAAUGCUUUGAAACAGUUUGAUGGUAAGUACUGGCGCACGUUGUUUGACUCACGUGUCGGUCGAGCCACGUGGCCGUAUGGCUCCGGUGUAUGGUCGAAAAAAGAGUGGGUGUUGCCGGAAAUUGAUAACGAUGAUAUUAUAAGCUGCUUUGAAGGUAACUCGAAUCUGUUUUGGGCUGAACGCUAUGGAAAAGAGAAUCUCAGUGGAAUGAACGAUUUGUGGGUGAAACACUGUGGUAUAAGCCACACCGGCAGCUUCAAGGAUUUAGGUAUGACGGUUUUAGUCAGCCAAGUCAACCGUCUCCGUAAAAUGAACAAACCGUUGGUCGGAGUAGGUUGCGCUUCCACUGGUGACACAUCAGCCGCUCUCUCUGCCUACUGCGCCGCCGCGGGAAUCCCUUCAAUAGUGUUUUUACCCGCAAACAAGAUCUCAAUGGCGCAACUAGUUCAACCAAUAGCUAACGGAGCUUUUGUAUUAAGCAUGGAUACCGAUUUCGACGGAUGCAUGAAGCUAAUUCGAGAAAUCACGUCAGAAUUACCUAUUUAUUUAGCGAAUUCACUAAACAGUUUGCGGUUAGAAGGCCAGAAAACCGCUGCGAUCGAGAUAUUGCAGCAGUUCAAUUGGGAGGUACCGGAUUGGGUGAUAAUUCCAGGUGGAAAUUUAGGUAACAUUUACGCCUUUUACAAAGGUUUUAAAAUGUGCGAAGAGUUAGGGUUAGUCGAUCGAAUUCCACGCCUCGUUUGCGCUCAAGCCGCAAACGCGAAUCCGCUUUACUUAAAUUACAAAUCUGGUUGGAAGAAUUUUACGCCCGUGAAAGCGACCACUACAUUCGCUUCGGCUAUUCAAAUAGGAGACCCAGUGUCAAUAGACCGAGCUGUUUACGCUUUGAAAAACUCGGAUGGAAUAGUUGAGGAAGCGACUGAGGAGGAGUUGAUGGAUGAGAUGGCGGCUGCGGAUGCUACGGGGAUGUUUGUGUGUCCGCACACGGGUGUGGCGCUUGUGGCGUUGCGGAAGCUACGGGAGAGAGGGGUGAUUGGGAGAAGUGAUCGGACUGUGGUGGUGAGUACCGCGCAUGGGUUGAAGUUUAGUCAGGCUAAGAUCGAUUAUCAUUCGAAGGCGAUUGAAGGGAUGGGGUGCAAGUUUGCGAAUCCGCCAGUGGAGGUGAAGGCGGAGUACAGUGCUGUUAUGGAUGUGCUUACCAAGUAUCUUAGUAAGGUUUCUUAGUGGUCACUGUGAUUCAAUUCAAUGUUGUUAAAGUUGUGAUCAUGGUAUGUGUAAAAAAUAAAAUAACAUAUUUUUUUAAACCGAGAUCGUCAACAAUUCUUAAAAUCUGUAAA